AUCAACAUAUUUUUUGUAAAUACGAAACAUGUACAUUUGUUUUGAAUUUAAGAGUUUAAUGAUUCUAACCAGGCCUUAGUCCCAGAUUUAACUAAGCUAUGAAUCGAUUUUAUUGGUCAGAUACUUCGCCCGCCCUGGGAGAGGUCCACAUCACUCAACAAGUCGGCGUAGCACUCUAUGAUGGCGCGGAUAAGACUAACUUUGUUGGUGGCAUUUUAAGUUUAACAAGUCACAAAUUGCUCUGGAAAGAAAACUAUGGAAAGACCAGCUGCCUUUGCCUGCCUCUUCCACUUGUUGUCUAUCUGGAGGAGCAGCCUUCAGGUUUUGCUAAAAGUGCCAAGAUAGUUGUUCACCUGACAGCCCCUGAGCCUGGCCAGACCUCGGGUCCAGUUGCCAGCAGCAAGUUUGACUAUAUACGGCUCUCCUUCAGGGACAGCGGUCAAUCAGAGUUUAUGCGCUACUUUACCCAGGCGAUCAAGGAUCAGAAGUGGAAGGAAAAGGUGCUGCCCCCUGGCCAGGCUGGUGUUACGGGAGGCCGCCAUAGGCCAGGUAUUGUUGGCAUUGAGCGCUCCUUACAACAAAGGAACAAGCAGACAGACUCCUCCAUCAGUCAGUCAUUCCAGGAUCUGAAAAAACUCAUGGAUAAGGCAAAGGAUAUGGUAGCCUUGUCAAAGACGAUAGUGAACAAAAUCAAAGACAAACAGGGUGAUAUCACAGAGGAUGAGACAGUGAAGUUUAAAGCAUACCUGCUCAGUAUGGGCAUUCCGAACCCCGUUACCCGGGAGACCCACGGAACUGGGGACAGGUACUACCAGGAAUUGGCACGGGAACUUGGAAAAGUCCUUGAAAAGCCCAUACAGGAGUGUGGGGGUAUGAUGACCAUGACUGAUGUCUACUGUAGGGUGAAUAGAGCCAGAGGAAUGGAGCUGAUUUCACCCGAGGAUUUACUGAAUGCUUGUGAGAUGUUUGAGUAUCUAAAGCUACCUAUCAGGCUGCGGACGUUUGACAGCGGGGUGGUAGUUCUCCAGUCCAAUACCCACAGUGAGACAGAGGUCAUCAGGCAAACUGUAGAAGCUGUUCAAGGCAGUGGAUCUUUAACAGCUGAGGAGCUGGCUCAGUUGAUUGGAUUAUCUGUGAUACUCACAAAAGAAAGGUUACUGCUGACAGAGAGAGAGGGUGGGGUAUGUCGGGACGAUUCUGAGGAAGGACUUCGCUUCUACCCAAAUCACUUUCUGACGACAACCUGAACACUUCCAGACACAAAACCCUUAAUGUUUUUGAACUUUGAUGAUACCAUUUCCAGACAUAAUCUGUUUUGGAUUCCUUUCCUUGGAACCCACAGGGACAAAUAUUUUUUAAUAUGUAUCAAGGGUGUGGCAGUGAAGCUCUAAGUGACAUUAAAUAAAUAAGCAGGCUCAAGUUUCUAGAAAUAUCUUAAGCAUAGCGUACACAUGCCAUACCUGGAAUCUUGCUCCAUUAUAUUAUCAGUUGUGAUUUAUGUACUUCUUGUAGAGCUGAGUAUUUAAUUGAUGUUCGCAACCUGAAAUUGUAUUAAGUGCAAUAUGUUGUAACAGUGGUCGAAAUUAGCAUAAGCCCACAAGCCCUGCACUGGUAAAAUGCUUUCUUCGGGCUUGCUCAAAUUCUGGGUUUUAUACAGCAGAGCUUGUUCAAAAAUGUAAUGCCAAGCAUUAGUAUCUGAAUUCAGGCUUGUUCAUCCAAAAGACUCAUUUCGAUGACUGUUGUUAAUGAUAUUUUAUAAUUCUUUUGUAUACAUGUAAUUGGUACCUGACUUCUAUGAAGAUUUCUUUUCAAGUAGUGUGUAUAAUUCUUAUGUAUAGUAUACAUAUAAUUGGUACAUAACUUUUAUUUGUUAUUUCUCUUCAAGAAGUGUAUGUUUCUUGUACUGUAGGGUCACCUUUUUUUCUAUUUUUGUGUGUAUGUUUUGUUUUUAACAAUAAACAGGUGUACAGUAUACACAUAAUACAACUGCCAUUGUUUACAUUCAAGAAAAACUUGACAUGAAAUAUAGAUAAUAAAUUGACUGAUAUAGAUCGAAUUUUUUAUCAGAUUUUUAAAAUUGCUAAGUUUUUCAUGAAAAAAUAUAACACUAAAAUGU